CUCUUCACUGACUCGCUCCUCUUCUAUGACGCCGUAGCAGCCGAGCCUCUGCCGGUUCGCUCCCCUCACUGUGCAUAGCUGGCUGCGUGCUGCACAUCGCCUUCAUCGGGAGACAAAGCGAGGCAGAGGUAACACAGGAGCGAAUCUACACCUGUCUGUGGAUUUAAAGAGCGACGAAGAGGAUUUGAAAUUGUCAGUGCUGCGACAGGGAUCCGCUCCACACCGCUGGUCAGAUAAGAGAUCCCAGUGGGAACAGGUGUUGCUCCUGACUCACGUGAACUUGUGCAAACAUCAGUGCAGGAGAGCUGGAAGUGCACGCAGCCCGAACUCUUCUGCAGGGAGUGUCUGCUCAUAGAGGUGGGAUCCUUGUGGCUGGCCCAGACUUGAAGGACGUACAAAGUUCUGGUAAGGUGCCAAGGUGCUGUGAGCAGAGGCUUCAGGAACCGAGCCAAAGGACUGUUGUCACGGCAUGGAUGAGUUUGAUAAUCCCGUACCGUCUGUGUUGCAAGAAAUGCUUUCUACAUGUGAGGGGUUUUCGUCUACUACCAUUAGCCUUGACUUCCCUUGUCUGUGAUCCAGUUCUGGUUGACGGCGUUGACAUCUACACCUUUUGCCAUGACACAGAAAUGGCUCAUCGCUGACAAGAGAAAGAAGUCCAAAACUGACCUCACAAGUGUUCCCAUGGAGAUGCAGGCAGAUGGCAGAUGUGUUAAACCAAGAUCAGCGGGAACACCACAUCCAGCUGCCGCUCAAUGAGGCACAGGAGCAGGAAGUUGCCCUGCGAAGGGAGGAAAUGGCACAGGCCACAGUCUUCAACCAGGCAUUCCUCAGUGUGCUUUGAAACCUCGCACGAGCAAUGGAUGGCCACUCAAGUUUCACCUCACCCCUUAACUUUCCACAUUGGAGGUGAGAGGUCAGUGAAAGCAGCAGUACCAGUGGAUGGAGAUGAUGUCCAUGCAAAUGAGUGAGGCAGACAGCGUGGUGAAGGUGGCAGAGUGGCAGCAGACUUACUAUGCCACAGACUCUGGCAUCCAAUCGGGAGCUACCACAGUGCAGGAUGACGAGAGCAGCACUGAGUAUAGUGGCAACAAGAAGUACACAAACAGUACUACAACCGGCACUGGCUCUGUACCUGUUAAGGCCACAGUGGGGGGAGGUGGAGACUCAGCAUUCAGUGGAGUAGACAGCCCAACAGAUUUAGAAGCUCAGUACUCUCUUACCCGGGCUCAGCGGGUCAGGGCUGCCAUGUUUCCAGAGACUCUGGUAGAAGGGGAGGCAGCCAUGCCUGUCCAGUCAGAUCCCUCACAGCAGAGCAAUGUGCAACGACUGGCUGAACCUUCUCAGCUGCUAAAGACAGCUCUUGUCCACCUGAUAAACUACCAAGAUGAUGCUGAACUGGCCACGAGGGCAGUGCCAGAACUCACCAAGUUGUUGGGAGACGAGGAUCCGGUUGUCGUGAACAAGGCGGCCAUGAUUGUCAACCAGCUAACCCGUAAGGAGGCCAGUCUCCGUGUGCUGGUGCAGUCUCCAGCCAUGGUGGCUGCCGUGGUGUGUGCCAUGACGACAGCAACUGACAUGGAGACGGCACGUUGCACAGCCAGUGUGCUUCACAGCCUAUCGCACCAGAGGGAGGGACUGCUGGCCAUAUUCAAGGCUGGAGGGAUACCAGCACUGGUCCGAAUGCUAAGUUCACCAGUAGAAUCAGUCCUAUUUUACGGAAUUACCACUCUUCACAACCUGCUGCUGCAUCAAGAGGGAGCUAAGAUGGCUGUGCGUCUUGCUGAUGGCCUGCAGAGAAUAGUUCCCUUAUUGAAAAAGAGCAACCCAAAGUUUUUAGCCAUUACUACAGAUUGUCUGCAACUCCUGUCCUACGGAAACCAGGAAAGCAAGCUGAUUAUUCUAGCCAAUGGGGGUCCAGAGUGUUUGGUUUUCAUCAUGAGAAACUACAACUAUGAGAAGCUGCUCUGGACCACAAGUCGUGUUCUUAAAGUGCUGUCUGUCUGUCCCAGCAACAAACCAGCUAUAGUAGAAGCUGGAGGCAUGCAGGCUUUGGGGCAGCAUCUUACAGGGUCUAGCCAGCGUCUGAUCCAGAACUGUCUGUGGACACUCCGUAAUCUGUCAGAUGCAGCAACCAAACAGGAGGGAUUAGAUGGUCUGCUGCAGAUACUGGUCACUCAGCUGGGCUCAGAUGAUGUGAACAUGUUAACCUGUGCCACCGGCAUUCUGUCCAACCUGACAUGCAAUAACUCACGCAACAAGACACUGGUGACUCAGUAUGGUGGAGUGGAGGCAUUGAUCCAUGCUGUGCUUCGUGCUGGGGAGAAGGAGGAUGUUGCUGAACCUGCGGUCUGCGCCCUGCGGCAUCUCACCUCCCGCCACCAAGAUGCCGAGCUAGCCCAGAAUGCUGUGCGUCUGCACUAUGGUAUCCCAGCUAUUGUUAAACUACUGGGCCAGCCCCACUACUGGCCUGUAGUAAAGGCCACAGUUGGACUCAUCCGGAAUCUGGCACUGUGCCCAGCUAAUCAGGCAUCACUGAGAGAGGCAGGUGCAAUUCCACGACUGGUGAACCUGCUGCUCAAAGCUCACCAGGAUACACAAAGACAUGCUUCCUCUACACAGCACACAUACCAGGAUGGCGUUCGCAUGGAGGAAAUAGUAGAGGGCUGCACAGGAGCGCUUCAUAUUUUGGCCAGAGACCCUAUAAACAGAGGAGAGAUUGCCAGCAUGCAGACCAUACCACUGUUUGUACAGCUGCUGUAUUCAUAUGUGGAGAAUGUGAAAAGAGUGUCUGCAGGAGUACUGUGUGAGCUAGCCCUGGACAAACACUCUGCAGAGCUCAUAGAUGCAGAAGGAGCAUCAGCACCACUCAUGGAGCUGCUGCACUCAAACAACGAGGGAAUUGCUACCUAUGCCGCAGCAGUGUUGUUCCGCAUUUCGGAAGACAAGAGUUCCGACUACAGGAAGAGAGUGUCAGUGGAGCUUACACAUUCGCUGUUCAAGCAUGACCCUGCUGCCUGGGAAAUGGCUCAUACUGCAGUUCCUUUGGAGCCUACAUAUCUUCCAGAUGAGUUAGAUGACUCUUACCCCCCAUAUGGCUAUGCCGAUCUGCCACUGGACACCCUGCCGCUAGACCCCGACCUCCAUGAGCCCUACAUUCCUGACAUGACUUAUGAUCCAAGACAGACCUACCCUGAGCCACUCUAACAG